UCUUCGUCAGGAAACGCCUAAAAACUUCCUACGAAGAGGCGCUUGCGUAGGAUGUUUUGCUCAAAAAACUGUUUAUUGCGUUGAAACAGAAACCAGGUCGAGUUUCGUGUACUUUAGUUUGACAUUCGAAACGGAAGUAUAGAAAGUUUAUCUGAGAUGGCUGGGGAAAAAGCAAUCGAAAAUAAUUCAACUUCCUGUAAUAUUUUCGAUUUUAACAAAAUGUCGAAAGUCAAAAAAGUUCUAGAUGAUGCGAGGGAGCAAAAUAAUCCUGAAAUUGAUUUGGUGGAUAAAGGAAUCACAUCUUUUGAAGAACUACAUGCCCUCCUUGGAUUGCAGAACAUCACAAGGCUGACUCUUAGUCAUAACAAAAUUAAGGCUGUUUCACCACUUAUUUCAAGUUUGCCAAAUCUGGAAUCUCUGAAUCUCUUUAAUAACCAUAUUGAGGAAGUUCCUGCUACCAUAUCAUCUUUAUCAAAGUUAAAGUUAUUAAAUCUUGGAAUGAAUAGGUUGAGUACACUUCCUAGAGGAUUUGGAUCAUUUCCCCAGUUGGAAGUCUUAGACUUGACUUAUAACAACUUAAGUGAAAAGACUUUACCCACAAAUUUCUUUAUGAUUGAAACUCUCAGAGCUUUAUAUUUAUGUGAUAACGACAUUGAGUAUUUACCUCCUGAAAUCGGCCAGCUGAAGAAUUUACAAAUUUUGGGACUUAGAGAGAAUGAUUUACUUAGUCUUCCUAAAGAAAUAGGGGAGCUUUCCCGAUUAAGAGAACUUCACAUUCAAGGCAAUCGACUUUCAUUUUUACCUCCUGAGCUUGGAAAUCUAGAUCUUCUUGGGCAACAUUGUGUUGUUAGAAUGGACAAUAAUCCAUGGGUUCCACCCAUUGCCGAUCAAUUACAACUGGGAAUAACACACGUGAUUGAAUAUAUUCGCACUGAUACAUAUAAAUACUUAUACAGUCGUCAAAAACCGGCACUUUCUCCUCCUCCAAAAAGAAAUGACAAAUCCAAAAAAAUCAGUCUAAAAAAAGAUUAAGAUGACUGACUGCGCCAUAACCAACAUUUGAAAAAUGUUCAGCAACUGCCAGAAAGUUUUGUAUAUAUUUUCCUGUUCUUAUAUUGCUUGUUAACAAAAGUCAUUUAUUAUAUUAUAAGGGACAGUAAAUAAAAGUGGCAAAUAUUUUAGUUUGGGUUUUUCUAUAUCCUUAACCCUUUAAUGCAGAAUUUGUAUUCAAUAUAUUUUUCACACUUUUUUCAUUAUUUUGUAUUCACUUAGGUCAAAAUAAGUGAAAAAUAUUACAUCUAGCAUUUUAAUAAUUUGCGGUUAUGAAAUACUGCAGUACAUAAAGUACUUGUGUCUUUUGCUGGGUUAAAGAUAAAAUCUUCCAAUCAUCAUUCAAAUUUUCUUUAAUUUACAAAAUCAAUUAUUGUUAAAUUUUUGAAUAUG